CGGCAGCUCGCGAGCCGCAUCCGCCAGCGCCAGGUGAGCUGCGUGGAGGUGCUGGAGGCCUACAUCGAGCGCAACCGCGAGGUCAACCCGCUCACCAACGGCCUGGUCCGCGACAGGUUCGAGGAGGCCCUCGAGGAGGCCCGGCAGGUGGACAAGCUGCUGGCCGAGGGCCCCGCCGAUGCCGACGCCGCGCUGGAGGAGAGGCUGCCCUUCCUGGGGGUGCCCGUCACCGUGAAGGAGGCCUUUGCGCUGCAAGGGAUGCCCAACACGUCGGGCCUGGUGAGCCGCCGCAACGUGAUCGCCGCGUCCGACGCCGCCGUGGUGUCGCGGCUCAAGCAGGCGGGCGCCAUCCCGCUGGGYGUCACCAACUGCAGCGAGCUCUGCAUGUGGUACGAAUCCAGCAACAGGGUCUACGGGCGGACCAACAACCCCUACGACCUGCAGAGGAUCGUGGGCGGCAGCUCAGGUGGGGAGGGCUGUGUCCUGGCAGCCGCCUGCUCGGUGAUCGGUGUGGGCUCCGACAUCGGGGGCAGCAUCCGGAUGCCCGCCUUCUUCAACGGCGUCUUUGGCCACAAACCCACCACAGGAGUGGUGCCCAACGACGGCCAGUUCCCAAACGCGCAGGGCAUGCGGACCAGCUUCCUGUGCACGGGGCCCAUGUGCCGGUACGCGGAGGACUUGGAGCCUAUGCUGAGGGUCAUGGCUGGGCCUGGCGUCGCAAAGCUCAAGCUGGAUGAAAAGGUGUCGCURGAGAAAAUAAAGUUUCACUGCAUGGAUCAUGAUGGUGGGUCCAUUUUUGUGUCGCCCGUGGACAAGGAGAUCUUGCAGAUGCAAAAGAAGGUGGUGGAGCACCUGGAAAGUGAGCUGGGGAUCCAAGUUCAGCGAGUGGCCAUCCACAAAAUGAAGUAUUCUUUCCAGAUCUGGUCAGCCAUGAUGUCUUCCAAGGACAGUGACGGGCAGGAGGCACAGCUCUUCACGGACCUGCUUGGGGACCACGGGAAGCCAGUGUGGCCGCUGUGGGAGCUGAUAAAGUGGCUCGUGGGCAUGUCUUCCCAUACGUUCCCAGCCAUUGCGCUAGGGUUGACAGAGAAGCUGGUGAAACUGAACUCUGGUGGGAACGCCAAGCUGGUGAGCAUGGGGAAGAGCCUGCAGGCCGAGAUGGAGACCUUACUGGGGCCAGAUGGGGUGCUCCUGUACCCCUCUCAUCCCACCGUGGCUCCCAAGCAUCACUCUCCGCUGUGCAUGCCCUUCAACUUUGCCUACACAGCUAUCUUCAACGUYUUGGGCUUGCCGGUGACACAGUGCCCGCUAGGCCUGAGCAGCGAGGGGCUGCCGCUGGGCAUCCAGCUGGUUGCAGGGGCCUACAAUGACCAUCUGACGCUGGCAGUAGCCCGAUACCUGGAGAAGGCCUUUGGAGGAUGGGUAUUGCCUGGGAAAGCCUAGCACGCRUUCCCAGGACACCGAGGAGGAAGAGAGAGACAGUUGUGUUCACAGAGGCUGGUUACAGGUGCUGGAAGCCGAUACUGUCCCAGGACUAUCUGCUCCCUCGCCCAGGGAGAAGCUGGCCAGCACCGUGUCCAUGCACCCUGUGAGCCGUGCAGGGAGGUGGGGAAAUCCCACUGUUCCCACUGGAGCUGGCUUCUCCCCGCAGCACCAUCUGUGAGGGGAGAGACCCGUCCUCCCUGUGGUCCCUCAGGAGCCCCUGAUGCCCUGUGCUCUGAGCAGACAGCCCAUGUCCCGUCUGGGGCAAGCACUGAUGUUUCUCUAGGCAUGGAGACCACUUCUCUGUAACGCUUGCUGCUGGGUGAAGGCCCCAGAGAGGGUCUGGCAGGGGCCUGGGUCCUGCUGGCCUGCGUGGGGACAACCUCCCAGCAGUGUGCUGAGACACUCCUGUGCACRUUCAGCCUUGCUCCUCUGGGUCUCCCUACUCGUGUGGCUGAGGUUGCCUGCCAGGGGCCUUGCUGCACCCAAGGUUUGCUGGCCCCUGCAGUCCCACUGCACUUAAAGAAUGUAAAUGGGUUUUUCUCCCAUACCUGUGGAGGAGAAGGGCUGCUGAUGCUGAAAGAAGAGCUGUUGGCAGCUUUAUGAUCUCUCUCUUGCUUGCUGCAGCUCUUUUAUGGGCUUAACAGCAUGCUUGGUUCUGUUCUUUGUGCUCUACCUUGAGG